CCGAAUACUCGAGCUUGUUAUUUUUGGGAAACGUAGAGAGGGGCUUGGAGGGGAACCAGACGCCAACGUAGCCAGCAGGUGUCCAAAAUAAUCCCUCCAUAGAUUGAUGUACAAUCUAGUUUAGCAUAGGUUCUCGAGCCUAUCAAAUCAAGAAAACAUAAAAGGCAUAAACAUCCAUGCUUAAGCAUCCAAGCGCGUAAUAGUGUAUAUACAACGCGAAGCCAUCCCACUCGGUCGGUCCAAACAACCAUUACCCGCACCCAAUCACCGUUUCCCCUUCUUUUUAUCCUUCUUUUCCUUCUUCUCCUUCUUCUCCACCGCGCCCCCACUCGGCCCGCCGGGAUCCAUACCCAUGUCCUUCAUCAUCUCCUUAAAUAUAUCAUCGCUCACACCCCCACCACUCAACGCUGCCGAAUGCGUCGGUAGAAUCGUGCCCAACUUCCACCCCCUGGGGACAGCAGGAGGCUCCGCCAGCUUCCCGUCCGUUGGGAAAUUCGGAAUCCUAAGCCUCAGCGGAUCCUCUGGCCUAGUUGGAUUCGUCCCCAAAAACUUCCCGAUGGCCUUAAACAGCAUGAACUUGUUCUUGAUGUUACCAGUUGGCUUUCCAUCCACUUUGAAUAACACUCUUACGCGGCCCGGAUUCCCCCAGUCCUUUGGAUGCGUCUUCCCGGGCUCGAAUACGUUUUUUAGAGAAAGGAAUGUGCAUGCGUCAACGAUGUUGCGGGCGAGUGGAUUUGGUAUUGCGUGAGUUUUAUCUACACGACGGCCUUCGGCGCGGGACCGGGUGCUAUCGAAGUAUACUGGGUAGAGGCAUUGGUAGGUUUUGUAGGAGCUCUCGUCUGCAGAUACGUAUUGGGUCUGGGGGUAGCUGGGCCUUAUUCCGCGAGGGAUUGCGGUCGGGUCCAUUAGAGUUGGGUUCGCGGCCGCGGCAGCACGGGGGUCGAAGAGCGAGAUGUCCAUUUCUUCGGGGUCGGAGUCCUCGACUUCCUCGAUUUGGACGUUUCGUGACAUUUCUCUUUUCUUUUUUGCUGGGUUUGUAUGUUUUUGAGGUGGACUGGUUUGGAGGGGUGAGGAUGGAGAUUGUGAUGGUGGGAUCAAGAUUGGUGGGGGGGAGAGGCUUUGGUAUGGCGGUUGUUAGGAGCUUGGCGUGUCUCUCGGGUGGAUCUGAUAAUAAUUUAGGGACAACAUUCGACUUGGGUGGCUUCCGGCCGCUGUCCAUACAACUGGGACGAAAUAUCAUACCUAUCCCACACUACCGCCCAGAUCAUUCGAGGCAAUACAUCAUGAACUCCGAAGAAAAGGACCUCCAGAUAAACCCCGUUGUCCCCGAAAAUGUCAUUCACAAUACAAAGGUUUGCUUGCCCUCCCCUUUUCCCAUCUUCGUUUUCCGAGCCUCCUUUACCAACUAACCUCCCACCAGACAAUCGCCGACAUCCGCUCCCUCACCUCAUCAAUAUUCGGCAUCGCGGCCGGAAUACUAGGCUUAGAGUCAUACUCAGGCUUCAUCUUCUACCUCCUCGGCUCCUCCAUCGUUUCGGUGCUGAUGGUAGUCUUCAUCGCGGGCGGGAAGCCACAAAACUACUUCCGGGGCACAAGCGAGAUAUGGACUUCGGAGGUGUUUAGCGGAAGCAGCCUUUCGUCAUUCAUUCUGACUUGGACGCUCUUUUUUGGACUGCUACGGGCUUAAGGGGAAGGAAAACUAAUUGGGACGUGGAAAAAGGGAUAAUAGGGGUGAUAUUAAAGGUUUAUUUCUUCCGAAUGCUUGUUGGGAAAUUGGCGUCGUGACGGAUCGUUAGAGGUUGGAAUGUGUGAUUUCCUUUGUUAGAUACUUUUUACCUGCCUUUGGGGGAGGCGAGGGUGUACGCUCGAUACCUUGCAGCGCUUUUGGUCUUUCUUAAUGCGAUUCCACAAGGAAAACUUGCCCCUGUACCGGUUUGCAUUCCUACAAUAUAGCGGGCUAUCAAUAUCAAGGCAGCGGAUUGCGCUUCUAUGAUACUACCAUAAUAUUAUGAUCAUAAAUCUCCAAUGUCUUGCAUCAAGCUAUCAUAUAAGUUAACAGGAUGUUGUGUUAUCUCAACCUGAAGCUUCGGGCCAACAUUGGAUUGUUCAAAAGAACCAAGACAAUCCAGAUGAGAUUGAUAAGAUCUGAUAAGAUGCCUUGCAACUGCCUUAACUGAUCAACACUCCAGCAAAUCUCGAGCUCCAACUCACUCGCAACCACCACGCCAAAUCCAACUAUUUUUUUCUUUCCAAUUCCACUUUAGAAUCGCACAGAUACCUUCUGAAUUAUCAAAUCAUGUCAGCAGCCUCUCCGCUCACCGCCGCCGCGCCAAUAAAGGUUGACCGUCGGCGCACAACCCCCUUCCUGCUAAAACUCUUCUACAGACAAGGCGGCUUCCACCGGUUUGAUUA